AUGGGGGCAGAAUGGGAGGGAAACCACAGAAAUCACAGGUCUGGAGUGCAAACACACACAAACACACACAACCACGACACAGUUUUAAAACUGCAGAGAAAAAGAGAUUCUUCGGCGGACUCUCAGCAGAAGUUUGGGCAGCAGGGGAAGCUCGCGGGGCACGCCCAACGCCGGCCCGGCCAAACGCGGGCCGCGGUCUUGUCUAGCGACGCGGCGCGGCGCGGCGCAGGGCAAGGCGGGCGGGAGGCCAGCGGGGGCGUUUGGCGCGGCGCGACGCGGCGCGGGAGCCGAGGUCCGCCCGGGCGUGUGGCGCGGGGCUGGGGGCGGAGAGGGAUACGACGGAAACGGGGUCAGGCGGGGGGCAGGCUGGCCCCGCACGCUAGCGGAUUUUCCCGAGGAUUCUCAACCCUUGAACUGGUGAAGCGGCCAGAACGAAAGAAAUGGAAGCGUAGGAGGUCCCUUUCUUCUGAACAGUCGGUUGCCCGCCGCUGCGCCUGCGUGGCUGAGAGGGGAAGUGAGGCGGUUUCCUCGGCGCCUUUUCCGGCUGUGGCUGGGGCUGAGCUGGGAGGAGGAAGAGGAGGAGGCGGCGGCAGCAGCAGCGUCGGCCGGGGGACCCUGCAUACAGGGCGGUGGCCGGAGGUAGCUCGCCAAGUCCCUCCGGGGAUCAAUGACCUGACGAGGAGCCGGAACCGCCGCUGUCGCUCGGGCGUCGAGGGUCGGUGGUUCGGCGGGCGGGCGGGCCGGGGUCUCCGGCGGCGGCGGGGCCAGGAGAGACAGCAGGCAGUCCGAGGAGCGGCCCGAGCGGGAGCGGCGGCGCUCGGUGCCUGGGGGGGAAGGGCAGUUCCGGGCUGGGCCUCACCAGGGCGGCGGCUCCCCGCGGCGCAGCUUGUGGCCGGCGGCGGCGACCGGAGGAAGCCCGUCUUGGGGCAGGUGAUGUCCGCCUGAGUGGGGGCCCGGGAUUCGGCCCCUAGGCGGCGGCGGCAGCGCCCCCAUUGCAGGCCGCAGGGCGUCCUCGCGGCUGGGCGG